AUGGUGACAGUUCAAGUGACAAACCCCAAGGACUUACUAUCGAGAACAUCUUCUUCUUCAUUGUUGUCUUCAAGGCCAUGUUUUUCUUCAAAAAAGCCCUUGAAAAGAAGCUGCUUGAGGCGUCAACGUUUUGGAGGGAUAAGCUGUUCCUUUGCUCCAAUGGAGACAGCCAAGAUAAAGGUGGUUGGUGUCGGUGGAGGUGGAAACAAUGCUGUUAAUCGGAUGAUUGGUAGCGGUUUACAGGGUGUGGAUUUCUAUGCGAUAAACACGGAUUCUCAAGCACUAUUACAGUCUGCUGCAGAGAAUCCACUCCAAAUCGGAGAGUGCUUGACUCGUGGGCUAGGCACUGGGGGAAAUCCGCUUUUGGGGGAACAAGCUGCAGAGGAAUCCAGAGAUGCCAUUUCAAAUGCUCUUAAGGGCUCAGAUCUUGUCUUUACAACUGCUGGCAUGGGUGGAGGCACUGGAUCAGGUGCUGCUCCAGUUGUUGCCCAGAUAGCAAAAGAGGCUGGUUAUUUGACUGUUGGUGUGGUGACCUACCCCUUCAGCUUUGAAGGACGGAAAAGAACCAUGCAGGCUCUGGAUGCUAUUGAAAAGUUGCAAAAGAAUGUUGAUACUCUCAUAGUGAUCCCCAAUGACCGUCUGCUUGAUAUUGCUGAUGAGCAGACAACUCUGCAAGAUGCUUUUCUUCUUGCUGAUGAUGUUCUGCGCCAAGGUGUGCAAGGAAUUUAAGAUAUA